AUGUCAAUUUACCAAUAUAUGAAAGAAGUCCUGAUGAAUCCUAUUGGUGGAUACUAUAUGAAACGUGAAGCGUUUGGUGUAAAAGGAGAUUUUAUCACUUCUCCUGAAAUCAGUCAAAUGUUUGGCGAGUUGAUCGGGGUAUGGUUUGUGAAUCAGUGGAUAAAUCUUGGCAAGCCAAAAAAUGUGCGAAUAGUGGAAUUCGGACCGGGAAGAGGAACCUUGCUAGAUGAUAUGAUUCGAGCGCUUCAAAAUUUUCAUGAAUGCUACAAUUCUAUUAGUGGAGUUCAUUUGAUCGAGGCUAGUCCACGACUACGUGAAAUUCAACGUGAAAAAUUAAAGCCUUAUAUGAUUAAUAAUACUACUACUGAUACUGUUAACGCUAAGAAACAAGUGAUUCGGCCUGGAUUAAAUUUUUAUUGGCAUGACGCAUUUGAGGAUCGGAAACCAAGCCUAUUUAUCUUAGAGACACUCCUCAAAGAUUACGGUGGUCUCUAUAUACCAGGUGAUCGCAUUGAAAUCGCGCCAGAUGCGUGGCGGAUUGCAAAUCAGAUCGCCAAAAGUGUGAAUCUAAAUGGCGGAUCUUGCCUUAUUAUCGAUUAUGGAAAAAAUUUCGCUCAAGGGAAUACAUUAAGGGCAAUAAAACAACAUAGGUUUGUGGAUUUGAUGAGUAGUCCAGGUGAAGCAGAUUUAAGUGCUGAUGUGAAUUUCAAAUUGCUUCAUAACGCGUGCAAAGAUCUAGUGGACGUUUUUGGUCCAAUCACCCAAGCGCACUUUUUACAUUCUAUGGGAAUCAGCUUGCGUCUGAAAAUGUUGCUUGAACAAACGCCUCCAUCACGACACCAAGAUUUGAUUUUAUCUUAUAAACGAUUGACGGAUUCAAUUGGAAUGGGGAACGUGUAUCAGGUUUUGUCGAUUACGCCGAAAUCUACAACUCCUCCGGCUGGAGGGUUCUAG